AUGGCUCCAGCGAGAGUACUCGAAGAGAUUCCCUGGUCGUCUCCGGCACAUCCGAUCUCCAUCUAUGAUGGACCGCCACGGAAUGUCGCCGCGAUCCAGGGCGUUCAGUUCGACCCAUCUUUGCAGCCCAAGCAUUACGAGAUCGCCGGCACGGAUCCGGACUCCAAAGUGCUCUUUGUUGAUGUGGAGAUCUUGGACUCGACGGGAAGGCUUCCAUACAGGGGAGAUGUAUUGAUUGAAGGCAAGCGAUAUACGGCAGUGGGCAAGGUCGAGAACAAAGACGCCUUGAUGAGAGACCCGAGCGUUCGAGUGUUUCAUGGCCGUGGCAGGACGCUGAUGAGUGGGCUGGGCGAUGCGCAUACCCAUUGCAGCUGGAACGGGGGCGACCUGAAUGCACUGGGAGACCUUGGGGUCGAGGAACACACCUUACUGACGGCCCGAUCAGCACGAACGUAUAUAGACAGCGGAUACACCAUGUGUUUCGGUGCAGCAUCUGCGAAGGAGCGCCUAGACAUCGUCAUCAGAGAUGCCAUCAAUGCUGGAGACAUCCCGGGGCCACGGUAUCUCGCCAACGGGAAAGAGAUGGCGCGGCGCGAGGGGGAGCUGGUGGCAAGCAUCACGGCCUUUGCCGAUGGUCCCGAAGAGAUGCGUGAGGUUAUUGAUCACCACAUCAAGCUGGGUGUUGAUCAGAUCAAAUUGUCCAUGUCUGGAGAAGAGAUAUGCGAGAUUCGCUCCGCACAGGACUGCUACUUCACGGACGCGGAGACUGCUGCUUGCGUCGAUGAAGCACACAAACAAGGCAAGAGGCUCUGCGCCCAUGCUCGGGCCCGAGACAGCGUCAAGAUGUGCGUCAAGCACGGCGUGGACGUCAUCUACCACGCCUCGUAUAUCGAUGAGGAAGGAAUGGACAUGCUGGAGCAGGCCAAGACCAAACAUAUCGUCGCGCCGGGCAUCAACUGGCUGGUUGCUACCCUGCAUGAUGCUGAAGCUUUCGGAUACACACACGAGAAAGCCGAACAGGUCGGAUACAAGAAAGAACUCGAGACAGCGAUCCGAGGCCUGCGCGAGAUGCAUCGACGUGGAAUCGUGGUGCUCCCAGGAGGCGAUUACGGCUUCGCAUGGACACCUCACGGCACAUACGCGCGAGACCUCGCCCACUUCAAAGACCUGAUCGGCUUCACCGCGCACGAAAGCAUCAUCGCCGCCACGUACGGGGUGGCCAAGUUAAUGAUGCGGGAAAACGAGAUGGGCCAGGUCAAGGUUGGCAACUAUGCUGAUUGCGUUCUGAUCGAUGGGAACCCAUUGAAGGAGAUCGAGGUGUUGCAAGAUCACGACCGGAUGAAUAUCAUCAUGAUCAAUGGCCGCGUCCAUAAAGCAGGGAGGAAAGAGUACCUGGCACCGCCGGUCGCGGGCUCGGACGGCGACGCGAGUGCGAUCGUGCCAGAUUUGAAGGAUUUGAGUGUCAAUGGGAAGCCGAAUGGCAGACCCCAGGAGAGGAGAGAUUCGGGGAUUGCAUGA